AAAAGUGUGGAAAACUUAGCCCCUCCUCCUCUAAACUAGGGAUGCAUCAAGGACCCCAGUGAGAUCAUUUUACUGCAUUUACGUUUUUUACGUCAAAAUGACAUCAAGUCAAAUGAACUCAUCUCCAAAAUCCAGUUAUCAAUCAGGUUAUCAGCCUGGAACUUUUAAACCUAAAAAAUCUAAAUAUGGUGGAAACAAGGCCAAUCAAAACGGAAUUAAGAUAAUUAGUGAUCGUGUAGUGCAAUAUAACAGUGAUGAGAAAAGAUCAAUUGAAAAAAUAGUGAAAAAUGUGAAACUCCAACGACGUGAAAUUUCCAAGACAGCCCCUGUCAUAAAUAUUGACUUUGACCUCCAAACGGUUGAAAAGAUGAAGAAAAAAAACUCAACCAGACGAUUGGGCCAUAAAUCAGCCGGUAGCACUCAAAGUGGCUCUAAAAUCCUGAAAGUCAAUAAUAAAAAAACAAGUGAAAUCAUGCAAGCUCGCGAAAAACGUUUAAAACUCGCGGAAAAAAAGAAGGCCGACUUUAUCGCUCGCGAAAAACGUCGCGAACUAGCUAAGGAAAAACAAAGACAAUUUAGAGCUCGCGAAUCAGAAAAAAAUCGAUCCAAGGACAACACAUCGAAGGAUAUCAUCCCUGAGCCCAUGAUGGAAUUGGAUUCAUCGAUCGAGAUCAUUCCCAGCACUCCAUCAGUCAUCAAUUUAAUCCUGGAACGCGAGGGUGAAGAUGCUCAGCUUGGACCAUUGAAUUUCGCGACCUCAACCCCGAAAAAACCGCGAAAAUCUAUCGAGGAAAUCGAGGCCGUUCUAGUCGCGUUGGGCGCGAAUCUAGAACAAAGGAAUCGCGAGGACGAUUACGAAGGGCGAUGGGCUCCAACGCAGCGCCAAAAAGAGCUUGAUCAAAUUGCGAUGCAAUUGGAUCAAAGCGGGGAUGAUGAUGAUGAAGGAUUGGCCAUCCAGAGUCUUGAUUUCACCCCGUUAUCACCCAGUAAUCGUUCAGGUUAAAAAUUCAUUAAACAUGUCUGUAUUUUUUUGAAUACCUGAAAUAAAAGUCAUACAUUUUAUUGCAUUACCUGUGAGUCUUGACUUUUUUUAUUGCUAGGCAAGACCCAAUAUUCCCUCUCCUGUCCCCAGCCCUUUUUUUUCACGUAGAAGCUAGGAGAAAUUUCUCUCUCGCUUCUUCUUCGUCGGCGUCCUGUAGUCUUUCGUUUAUUGUCUCUUUCCUUCUCGUUGUUUAGAGGGUUUAGAGAACAAUUUUGACUUUUUCCUCGU